AUGGAGUCACUCUCUAGGGGAAGUUUGGGUGCCAUUGAUGAAGAAGGGUAUGCAACCGCCCCCGAGUGGAUUUCUCUGGUUUCGCUUGAAGAAAGGUACAACACUGCUAUCUCAAGUUUUUCGGCGCAAGUUUUACAGGCUUUGGAAGCAGCUUCUCCAUCAGCACUGGCAAGCCAUCUCGAGAUCAUAUUGGAGGAAGUCUCUGCGCUUAUCCGGCAGCUACCGGACUGCGAAUCAUUAUUUGGCGGGUGCAAAGCCUAUUUCUUUUUCUUUGAGGUGGCCUCCCGAGAUGCAGCGACUACUCCGCUCUUGACAGCGAUCUCACGAGCGUAUUGGUAUUGUCUCAAUCUACUCUCGGCUGAGAUCGACGAUUUGUUUUUCAAGAAGUUGCCGGUGAACAGAGUCACACUCGCUGUGGUGCUUUUCUUGUUCGACCUGUACCUCUAUCUCCCUACUUCUCACCAUCUGGAUGAUGCGGUAAAUUCCAGUGGCGCACUACCUGCACUCUCGUUGUGGUUGUUAGUUCGUGAGUGCACCAUGAGCUCUGCUCAGGCCCAAGAAGAUUCGCGAAUUAGCAAGGAGAAGGAUUUUUGGGCAUUACUACAAGCUGUCUACCAGCAGCGUUAUUUCGACGAGCUAGCUCGUUGCUUCGUACGAAAUGAAUCGUGUGGAGGGUACCUGCGCGAUUUUACACCAAAGGUUUCGAAUGGCGACGGUAUUGAACACCGUGAAGAGAUACUGGAAAGCCAGCUAUUAGCGGCUGAGUCGAUGUGGGACCUACUUGCGGUACUCACGCGAGUAUAUGCGGACGAAGAAAAUAAGGAGGGCGGAGAGGCUAUGUAA